CUCGCUUUCUCACACAGCUGCGGCUCUCUCGCUGAAAUUCCAGUGAGCGCCGCGCUAUAUACUUCAGUGUCAGGCUAACUAGCGAGUCAGUCGGACGGUUUUAACUUUCGCUCUCGCUCGCUCUCGCCGAUUCAGCUGCGUGCACUGACGCCAGGACGACCGACAGAAAUGAAAACGAUGAACGUCGCCGUAGUUUUGGCGAUUGUACUUGCCGCGGCGAGCGCAGCUCCUUAUUCCAAGUUCGGGCGCAGUUGCCAAGACAUCGGAUGUCGCUCGGACGAAAAAUGCAUUAUGGCUGAGGAGCCAUGCAGCUAUGGCCAUCAACGAGAUCAAUGUGGUCGUUACCCCACCUGCCAACGUAUCAACAGCGGAGGUGAGAGUUGCACCACCAAGAUUUGCUCCAGUGGACAGUACUGUAGAACUGAAAACGGGCGGCCGACCUGCGUCAAUACUAAUGCUGGAUUGGAUCCAGCGUCUCACCGGCAACCGGGCUACAAAUUGCCGACAACGACCAGACGACCCGCGGUGCCAACACCACCACCACGAAGCUCCUCGUACGAUCAUCGCUUCGGUGGCAACGGCAUCGGUGGAGGUGGUAGCCGCACCUGGGAUCGUAACUUUGGCGGUGGCAGUCGUGGUGGAAGCAGCGGCGGUUCCGUUUGGGACCGAAACUUCGGCGGUGGCAGUCGCGGCAACAACGGUGGCACUUCUAUUUGGGACAGGAAUUUUGGUGGCGGUAGCCGCGGUGGAAGCUCGUACACCACUAAGAGACCGAGCUACUAUCCAGGAGGCAGAGACCACUACAACACACACACAUCAACUGACUCCAAGGGGAAUAGAGUCUGGACCUUCUCUGGCUAAGAUCAGCCCCCUGGGAUUUCGCUUCUCGAUGAUCGCGUUCGCCCCACUAGCUUGCACGCUCUCACUCUGCUAAAGCUUUGAUGAGGAGCUUUCAUGCUGAACUCGGUUUCGCGCUCUAAGAUUACCUCGAGAUUGUUUAUUUUAUUCGUUUCACGUGUAUACUUUAUCCGAGAUGCUUUACUAUUCUUUAAUUAUGGUGUGAUAUUUUUAACCAAAAAUUAUUCAUGAUUUAAUUAAUAUUCUGAUUUUAAAUUGAACAUUUCUUACAUGAUACAUGUUUAUUGUUUGUGUUCUUUUUAACACUGCUUACAAGGAAGAGUUCCUAGAUGUACCUCAUCGAUUUUGAUCAUGAUGUAUUAUGUUGUAAUACACAGGUAAAUAUUUAACAUCAAUUUUUUUAAAUGCAAAUUAGCCGAUUUGAGGAAUGAAAAAUACCCUUAAAGCUCAUCACUAAAAACAUUUUUUUUAACAUCUUAAAAGCCACUUACAUAGUUUUGAAUGAAAUCAACGUCAAACUUUUCUAUAUAAAAAGAUUACAACUUGAGUUUAUUUCACGGGUAAAUAUACAUUAUUUUUUUAUUUAUUUAAAUACAAAAUUUAUAAAAUCAUCUAGUUUAAUUUAAAAAAGGAAUAUAAGAAUAUAAAAUCUUAUAAAAUAUAAUCAAGAAUAUAAAAAAUUAAUAUUUUGAAGAAAAAUAUUUCCUAGGUUGUUUUAAUACGACACCUAUUUUUUUUUAUUUUAUCGAUAUAGAAAUUUAAUUUGUUUGAAAUACAAUUUAACAAAAUAAAGAUAAAAACAAUUAAUAAUAAUAAAUAAUAAUUAAUAAUAAAAAAAAAUAAUAAAUAAGCUGAUAAAAGGUGUGUUCAAAUGCAUUUUAUAACAAGAGAUCUGAAAUCAAAUUUUUAGAUUUAGAAGCUAUUACAUAUACAUUAGUUGAUUAAAAAUUUUUUUACUAUCACUAGUUCAAAGUCUCCACUUUUUUCUUUAAGAACAAUAAAUAGAGGGAAAAUAAGUCGAUCUUACCAGAAAUUAUUGGUUAAAUUUUUUAACUAUAGGUCGCAGAAGUUAGAGAUUAUACUAAACAUUUUACUUAUCUUUCUUUUUAAUUGCUAAUAUACGGCCACAGUGUAUUUAUAGUUGAAAUCUACUGACAGAAUUAUAGAUAUUUUCUAUUUCUUUUUCAUAAAUAACAUUUGUUUUUCAAAUACAAAUUUAUCAGUUUUCCUUUAUAAAUAUUCUACUCCUUCUCCUGUUUCUAGCCUAAAUUUUUAUGUAUACCACUUUUCCAAAACUUUACUGCUCUUGGUUGAAAAUCGUAAUGUAAUUUAUUAACAUCUGAUGUGCGCACUGGGGAAAUUUCGUCCGUAGUGAUUCUAUCUUAUUAUCUUCUCCUCCUUGCAUUUAAACACUUUUUUAAGACUAUGCGAGAUCAAGAGUCUCAUCUCCAAUCACUUCAAUUUCAUUAAAUGCUUCCACAGCAUUUAACAGUUUUUCAAUAUGAUUUUUUAAAUUAAAAUUAAAAUUUCGUUUUGAUUAAGUGCUUGAAAGGUUAUUAAAACUAAAUUGAAAACAUUAGGAUUCAAAUAAUUUUCUAUCUCUUCUAAAAAGUUAAAAUACCCGUUUAAAUUCAAUGAAAUAUAAAAUAAAACUGUGGUUUUCAUUAUUUUUACGAGCUACUGAAUUACGUAUAAAGAUAAAUUUAUCAAGAAUAACGAUAUGGUGCUUGUUUCAAGUACAAAUGAAAAACAGCUUCUUUAUACAUUAUCCAUCAUUCGGAUUCAUAAAUUAUUAUUGUCAGUACAUUAUAAAUAUUAUUUAUCAUUUACUCUGAUAUUAACAAAUGAAUAUACCGAACUAUUUAAAUACUUAUAAUGAUUGAACUAUUUGUAUUAUAAAAUUACAAAAUAAAUGCUAUAAUAUUAGUUGAAUUUGAGUAUUCCUUAAUAAACAAUUCUAGUAUAUUCGUAGGGAAAUGAAAAUUAUAUAUAAACAAAAAAAUAGAUCCAUUCUUACAAUUUAAUAUCCUGAACUUAUUCAUACUAUGAAAUAAAACAAAUAAUCUUUCUAAAAGCAUAUUGAAAGUUAUAUAUUUUUACCUGGAUGUUAUAUUUAAUUGUAAGUUUAACGAUGAUCUCAAAGAAGAUGGCACAGUAAAAAAUGUUUUUAGAGCUUUAACCCCAAUCCUUAAAGCCCAAGUUCAUGGUUUUAGAGUUUAUGAGUUUUCACGUAGAUUUCAUUUAAAAACUAUAAGUAUUUUUUAAGAUAUUAAAAACAUUGUUUCAAAUGGUGAACUUGAAGAGUGAUUUUUAGUCCUUAAAGCGGUGAAUUAGCACUUAAAAAAAUUAAGUGUUAAAUAUUUUCUUGUAAGCUACAACACAUUACAAAAUAAUAAAAUUCCGUGAAAUACAUCUGGGGGGGGGGGGCCAUUUUUUUAGUAUCAACGUCCGUGCCAUAUUUACUUAAAGAUACGAUUAAAACUACCUUUGCAAUGUACAUUAAUUGAAUAAUAAAUCUGAAUAUAAUUAGUACUUGUUCUGCACAGUGUAUCAUUCAGAGCGUGUAUCUAUGUCAUGAAUCAUAUCACUACGGAAACUUUUAUCCUCCAUCAGGAAGCUCGCGAUAAUAUCUCAUUUAGAAAAUAGAGUGGAAACUUUAAUCAAGGUGAGUGGCACAUCAUCGAAAAUAUUUGACGCGUUAAAAGAAAAAAAAAUCUUUGUAUGACGGAUGGGAGUGAUAUGCCGCGCAUGUAGCUUUUAUAGACUUUAUGGACUGGGCUUUAUCGAGAGUUGCCCGGGCUUUAUCGUGCUUCGCCCUACACAUUAAGUAACUUCUCUGCGUAUCGGUUUUUAUGAAAUUUGAUGCAUGCCGAUUGAAACUCUUCAGUAUUUUAUUUUGCGGUAUAUGGCUGGGUGUGGUUGACGUAACGUUAGUUACUUUUGGUUACUCGGAGCUGUCAUAUUGAAAAAUCGUACAUGUGAAUAAU